UUGGUUGACUCUCACAAUUAGAAAAAAAAAGAAGAAGUUGAGCGAAUGAUCAACGGGUCGACAUCACCUGCAGUUGAGUUUGCGUCGUGCGGUGCUUUUCACAUAAGUAAAGCUUGCCAUUAAAAAGCUAUUAUUUUCUAUACACAACGAAAGGAAAUGAUGAGAGUAACUGCUCUUUAGACAGCAAAUUUGAGAACUUUUCGCCAUUCACUUGAACACAAGAGUGAAAUCAAGAAACGACGAAGGCAGUGGAUUCCUUGUUUCCAUACUGGACCGCCUUACGCAGGUGAACGAAGCGACUUCAACUGCUCAUACGCGAUGAAAGAUAUUACACCUGUGAAGAAUCUACAAGAAGAUCAUUGAGACGCCAAGCUUUGCGAAUUUGGUUUCGCAACUAUCGACAUAUUUGUCAUCCAUCAAGUGAUAAGGGUGACUGUACAACAAGAAUCUAAAAGCCAAACAUCCUAGUCUUGAUUUCGUCUACCGCUGUCCUUUAUAAUGCAAAAUCGCAGUUGCAAGUCAUGGCCGCUACCAUCGGAUUACAUGAAAUACGGAAAGUUAUACCAUGAAACAGCUUACGCCACGAGCGUUAUAAAUGGUGCACUAAUGUUACCAAGCAUAGGACUUAAUGGUAUAAUCAUAAUCACAAUCUUAAGGACGCAAUCAUUGCGGAAUGCAUCCAACUGGUUCCUAGGCAACCUCAUGCUGACGGGUUUACUCAUGGGCUUAUGCGCACAACCGCUGUUCAUAGUGUCGAGGAUUCACAGUUURARAGGCAUCAUCAACUGCGAUCUAGACACAAGUGAGCGAUUCUUCGCAAACACUCUUCCUCUUACGCUUAUGUUAACGCUUACAGCGUCRAGUCUCGAUCGAUACCUCGCCAUUCACCUUAUGCUUCAAUAUCGCGCCAAGAUGACGUCAUUCCGUGCAAUAAUUAUAAUUAUCGCGCUGUGGAUAUUUUCAGUAGGAUUAGGGUGCUUGAUUAGUAUUUUGGGACGUAGUGGUUUCACAACGUUUCUUGGAAUCGCUUUUCUUGUUUGUCUGAUAGUGACGUUCAUCUCAUACUUCAAGGCCUAUCAUGGCUUGAAACAACACCAAAAUAAGGUCAGCUCCAAUGAAAACAACACUUGUAUUAACGUGAAGAAGUACCAGCGUUCGUUCGCUACGAUGCUGUGCGUGUUUCUACUUCAGCUUGUAUUCUACACACCAGAUAUCUUUGCCAAGUUCAUGCAUCAUACUUCGUCGCCAUAUUUGAUUGUGAUUUUGAUUGCGGAUACAAUAGUCUACAUCAACGCUACUUUAAACCCAGUGUUCUUCCUGUGGCGUAUGAGAGACGUGCGGCGUGCUUGUAAAAAAACCGUUAAUAAGAUACUGGGAAAAUAGUGGAU